GUUCGCUGGAAGAUUCAUGAUCAAACCCCAUAGAGAGAGAGAGCUUAAGCACACAGCUCUUGUCUUACUCUCGGAUUCUGUCAAGGUUUAAGGCAGGGAGAGGGAGGACCUUCUGAAUCUGAUAGAGAGAAAGGAUAGGAUAGAUGGCCAGCUGGAUAUGGACGCCCCAUCCGCAGGUUGCUUCUGGAUACUGCUCAGAGUAUUAUAAUAAUAAGAAUAAUGGUCUUAUUUUCCAUAGUCGUCAUCAUCAUCAGACUCGCAUCCGCUGCUACUCCGAUUUUCAUCAUCACACUCCUCGCUCAAAUGCCACUGCCACUGCCACCAGAAGUCAUUCCCGCAGCAGAAUCUAUUGCAAUUCCAAUAAUAGCAGCAACAACAACCAACCAGAAAGAGCAGGAAUCCAGCUUUACAGCGAGAUCGAAAGAAUACUUACUGAGGCUGUAAAGCAAACUCAAGAUGGUUGGGGAGGCUCAAGAAAUUGGAUCGAAGUUGAGGGAGCAUGGGUUCUGAAACCAAGGAACACAAACCCAAGGUCCAUUGUACAUUUUGUUGGAGGCAUAUUUGUUGGUGCUGCCCCACAGCUUACCUACCGUCUAUUUCUUGAGCGCCUUUCAGAAAAGGGUAUUUUGGUGAUUGCGACUCCUUACGCUAGUGGGUUUGAUCACUUCUUCAUUGCAGAUGAAGUGCAGUUUAAAUUUGAUAGGUGUAUUCGGUUUCUACAGGAAACAGUACAAGAUCUUCCUACUUUUGGCAUUGGGCACUCUCUUGGAUCUGUCAUCCAUCUUUUGAUUGGCUCAAGGUAUGCUGUGCAAAGAAAUGGGAAUGUAUUGAUGGCAUUCAACAACAAGGAAGCAAGCCUGGCUGUCCCAUUAAUCUCACCUGUUCUUGCCCCAAUGGCCCAAAGCAUUGGACCACUUUUAUCACAGAUCGCAUCAUCGCCAACAAUUCGCCUUGGAGCAGAGAUGACUCUGAAACAGUUGGAGAACCUUAGCCCUCACAUUAUGAAACAAGUUCUUCCAUUGGUUGAGCAACUUCCUCCCUUGUACAUGGAUUUAGUGAAUGGAAGGGAAAAUUUUACCCCAAAACCAGAGGAAACUCGACGAAUAAUAAAGUCAUACUAUGGCAUUUCCAGGAAUCUUCUAAUUAAGUUCAAAGAUGAUACAAUUGAUGAAACUUCAGCACUAGCACAGAUUCUCACCUCAGAUUCUGCUAUUAGCACAAUGCUGGAUAUGUCAAUUCGUUUGUUGCCUGGGGAUCAUGGGCUUCCUUUGCAACAGGUUCUCCCAGAUGUUCCACCUGCAAUGGCAGAUGCAGUAAACCGGGGAGGGGAGCUUCUGGCAAAUUUGACUGUAGGGACACCAUGGGAGACGGUUGCCAGAGAAGUAGGCAACACGUUAGGUGUAGAAUCGAGGGCUUUUCGUGCAGAAAGUUCAAAGGAUCUAGACUUGCUUGUAGAUGUGAUCACAUCAUGGAUGGCUUCUAACACAGGUCCAAAACUUUUGAGGCCAUGAUAAGUAGGAGAAAGCCAAGUUCUUGAGCGAACUGAGACAAGACUGGGUUGAUAGACAAGGCACUGAAGACUUUUCUGUGGAAAUAUGAUUAAUACUCAUGGUUUACCAUAUAAAUACAUGUAUAUAAUUCUCGAGUGUGUUCAACAUAAGCCUGAUCCGAUGUCUGUUUACAUGUAUACCUCUCUUGAUGUUAUUAAAACUUGCUAGCUUGUACAUGAAUUAGAAACAUUUAUGAUCUACUAAAAAUGAGAACGAAAUCAUUAUAUUUUUGUU